AUGUAGAUUUAAUUAAACGUACUAAUAGGAAUCGAUGGAUUAAUAAUAGGUUCAUUUAGUGGAACCUCAAUUAUUUUGGAAUCUGAUGGAAGAGGGUUUGAAAUGACUCUUCAACUGUUCCCUCGUUUUUGUGAGGCUGUUUAUAAUCAUUUUCAUAAGAAAUUCCCAAAAUUGAAGAUGAAAAACUUUGAAUUGAUAUUGUUUAGUCUUUUGAUUGGACUCCUUCACUAUUGCUAUUAACAUAAUAGUUUAGUUAUAAAAUCUACAUAUUUAGCAUUGUUCAAAUAAUUUUGGGGAAAGAAUUGA